ACGUGAAGGUAGCAUCACAGUCACAUCCCCACCGCCUCGACUGGGAGGAUACAACGAUUCCGAUCAGGGCUGCCGUUGCCAACGAUGCAAUGCCUCGUUUUACGGAUGAUCCCCGGGCAUAGGCACCUUCUGAGUGCCGCGGUCACCUCGAAGAGGCGGUACCAUCCUCGUCUUGUCUGAUAAAUUGCGAUAAGCUUCAACAGAGAGCGCUCGAAAGGACGCGAGGCACCCGGUAAAGACCGGACUCGGGGCUUUAUGUUUACCGAAGGGAAGCUGGAGAGGAAGAUGGAGCCAUGGGUUUCUCCUUCAGCCUUCGAUGAACUGAGCUAAGCUGGACACACAGGACUCAGCAAACCUGCUGCUGCCUACAGUGGGGGCUCCCCUCUCCCCAUCGCCCUCACCAGCUAUGGCAGGCUUCAAGCGGGGCUAUGAUGGCAAGAUCGCUGGCCUGUAUGACCUCGACAAGACACUGGGCCGUGGCCACUUUGCUGUUGUCAAGCUGGCACGCCACGUCUUCACUGGGGAGAAAGUGGCAGUGAAGGUGAUCGACAAGACUAAGCUAGACGCCGUGGCCACUGGCCAUCUUUUCCAGGAAGUCCGCUGCAUGAAGCUGGUCCAGCACCCCAACAUUGUGCGCCUGUAUGAAGUGAUAGAUACUCAGACCAAGCUUUACCUCAUCUUAGAGCUAGGCGAUGGAGGGGAUAUGUUUGACUACAUCAUGAAACAUGAGGAGGGUCUGAAUGAAGAGCUUGCUAAGAAAUAUUUUGCCCAGAUUGUCCACGCUAUCUCCUAUUGUCAUCGGCUGCAUGUGGUGCACAGGGACCUCAAGCCAGAGAAUGUGGUGUUCUUCGAGAAACAAGGGCUGGUCAAGCUCACUGACUUUGGAUUCAGUAACAAGUUUCAGCCGGGGAAAAAGCUGACAACCAGUUGUGGAUCUCUCGCAUACUCUGCACCAGAAAUUCUGCUGGGUGAUGAGUAUGAUGCUCCAGCCGUAGAUAUCUGGAGUCUCGGUGUGAUCCUGUUCAUGUUGGUAUGUGGCCAGCCACCCUUCCAGGAGGCUAACGACAGCGAGACCCUCACCAUGAUCAUGGACUGUAAAUACACUGUACCGGCCCACGUCUCCAGCGCCUGCAAAGAUCUGAUAGACCGUAUGCUUCAGAGGGAUCCCAAGCGGCGGGCUUCCUUGGAGGAGAUUGAGAGCCAUGCUUGGCUGCAGGGGGUCGACCCUUCCCCAGCCACCAAGUACAACACUCCCCUGGUCUCCCACAAGAACCUGUCAGAGGAGGAACACAACAGCAUCAUCCAGCGUAUGGUGCUCGGAGACAUUGCAGACCGAGAGGCCAUAGUGGA